AUGUCCGACCAAAAGAAGCCGCUCACCGCUUACCCAAGCACCGAGCUGAAGGCUCAAGAUCAGUCCGGCGGCCCAGGACUGGAUACCAAGAUGGAGCCCGCAGCCGUGUGGACCCAACUCGAGUUCUGGGACGAUGAGGGCAAGAAGCCGUACCUCAAGGAGUACGAAGGGCGGGGCUUGCUACAGGAUAAAGCUGUACUCAUUACUGGCGGAGACUCGGGCAUUGGCCGCUCAGUCGGCAUCCUGAUGGCUAGAGAGGGCGCUGACGUCUCGUUCGUCUACCUGCCCGAGGAACAGCAGGACGCGGAGUUCACCAAGAAGGCUAUUGAGGAGGCGGGGAGGAAGGCGAAUCUCAUUCCGUCCAACCUUAGGGACAAUGAGAACUGCAAGAAGGCUGUUGAGUCCCACAUGGAGAAGUUCGGCAAGCUCAAUGUCCUGGUCAACAAUUCCGCCAUGCAAGAAGCCUGCGAAGACCUUGUAGACAUCGACCUCGACGUCGUUGAAAAGACCUUCCGCACAAACAUCCUUUCCAUGUUCGCCAUGUCCAAAUACGCGCUCCCCCACAUGAAGCGGGGCUCCUGCAUCGUCAACUCCUGCUCCGUCGCCGGGUAUAUGGGCAACCCUACACUGGUCGACUACUCCUCGACCAAGGGCGCAAUCGCCACCUUCACCCGCAGUUUGGCCCAACAACAGGCCCCGAAGGGCAUCAGGGUCAAUGCCGUAGCCCCUGGCAUCAUCUGGACGCCGCUGCAGCCCGCGACGAAGGGGAACCCGCCUGAGGCGAUGGAGGCGCUUGGCGUUGGGGAAGCUCCGCUGAACAGGCCGGGUAUGCCGAUUGAGGUCGCGACGGCGUAUGUGUUCCUUGCUUCGCCGCUGGGCUCGUACUUUACCGGCGAAGUCAUCCACGGGUCUGGCGGGAUUGAAAUGCAGGGUUGA